GCUACAAGCGCAGAAGUAACCCAUCCCCCCUCCUCAACGUUGCCAAAGAACGCUGGGAACCUCUCUGGCCGCAGAAUAGUGACUAUUUGACUUUGCAGUGUAAUGUGUGUGUGACGCCGUCUCUUCGUCAGGGAAAAAUAGAAUAAAUACAACUCAGCUCGAAUUAGGAUACACCGGUAAUCUUUUCUAGAGCAAAAAAAUCAACGAUUGAGGAAGGAAACGAGACUGUUCAUUUUGGACUUUGGCUUCAGCUGUUAGCAUGAUCAGUAUUUUGUACUUUGCUUGCAUCCUGCUGUUGGCAGAGAAUAUCAGAUGUGACGUAGACGUGGUGCCAGAACGCUUUUGUGAUUGCGAUUACUACCCAGGAGGCUGCAUCAUCACCAAGGCUGCCCCGCCAGGUUUCAAAUGUCAAUGUGAAUAUCGAGGCGUCUGGACGUGUUCAGGCACAGCAUACCCUUGCGUUGGCAAGGAAAAAUGCCCAGGAAACUUGGCUGACCAUUGCGCUUGCCGGCUUGGAGGGGGUGAUUGUGGAGGCUACAAAGAGCCACUCGGAAACUGCGACUAUUCAGAACUGCCGCGACUUGACGUUGAAGGUGCAGCUGAUUGCGACUGCCAGUAUUAUUCCGGGGGAUGCCUCAUUCACGAGCCGGCGCCGUAUGGUUGGAAAUGUGUCUGCGCUUACAAAAGCUUCUGGACGUGCACCGGCUGGGCACAGCAGUGUUCCGCUGACGAGGUCUGUCCUGGAAAUGACUUUUCCUAUUGCGGCUGUAAGAAUGGUGGUGGAGACUGUGGUGGAUACCCAGACAAACCAGAGUGUCUCUCCCCUUUUCUCUCAAAAGACUGUGACUGCGAAAGAGCUUCUGAUUGGAGCAAAGGUCUCUAUGAUAUCGAAAAAGUUGAAUACAAUACGGACAACGUCAGCAUUCAUUACAUUCAACCAAACAUUUUGGCAAAUAAGGACAUCCCAAAUUACACUGGGACACUUCAGAGCAUUUCUUUCACAUUCGGGGAAAAACUGGCCAAAACCUCGACCUAUUCCCAUUCGUCAGGAAUUUAUAUAGAAGCCGGCAUCAAAUUUGUUGCAGGAAUCCCAUCGAUUAUUGAUGCUACAGGGUCUGUUAAUAUCCUCAGUAACUAUUCCCACACCUGGGGCAAAAAUGAAUCUAUAGAAACCAUGUUUCAAGGACAGUUCACGUGCAAUGGAAAACCCAACACCUUCACCCGAUGUGCAGUGACGAUUAGGAACGCCAAAGUGGAUGUUCCGUACGUCAUGCAAUUGAAGCAUAAAGUCAUUCCAAACUGUGUCUGCAAAAGCUUUGGUGUCUGGAGCGGAACUCAGGCUUACAAUGCCCAACUUAUAACGAAGGAAGUAGGAAACUGUCUCAAUAAUGACUGUAUCAAUGAAUAUGAACACUGUGUAUAACCAAAAUCAAAUGUUCUCACUAGGUUAUGCAUACCUAGUCUAACGUAUUUUGACUUCAUAGACAGAUAUUAAACAAGACCUCAUAAAUUUUACUGUACCCUCA